AAAAUGACCUAAUAUGUAAGGUAGCAAAUAAUAUAACUGAUAUAUGAAAUUCUUCAAAAUAUGCUUCAUUUAUGAUAAUGAUCAUAAAAAGUAGCUUAAUAUUAAGUUAUAUCACCCUUUCAUUGAUUUCUUAUAUUGAGUGUGAGUCUGAAUGUUUAAAUUUGGAAAUUUCUAUCAUAAGGAAGGUUGAACAUGAAGGAUUCCAUCGAAAUGUCUUGUGGCUCAUCGAAAGCCCCUUAACAAAGGACUUGAAGACACUUUUGGUAGAUUCCAAAUGCACAUUUGUGCUCAGGCAAGAUAUUCCUAAUGGCAUGUUUGUCAAUCCUGAUGAAAUCGCGGAACUGUCUAGAAAAGGAAAGCUUGUAUCAUACAUAGAUGGUAGUGUCGAUAUAGAGGCUCCAGCUCACGAAGCCAAGAGUCACAUUCUGUAUAUAUAUUUGAGUAGCACUGGUAUUGAAAAAACAUCCAUUGCAAUACCGAUUCACUUGAGAUAUCAAAGGAGCCAAAUAUCAGGAAGGUAUGCAAAAGUUAUGAUGUUAAAGCCUAGCCUCCUUUCGUGGUGCCCUGGUUCACUGAACAAAGUUUGUGGAAAAGGCUUGAAAGUAGAGGCACCUUGUGAUAACAGUGGCAAAAAUGUGUGUAUUUGGAAAAACCUCACCUACCAAGCUCUGUUUGAUGAAGUGGAGUUAUAUGUACCUGUGGGUGACUUAGAUGAUUACCCAUUAGUUUCCAUUUUGACAUUACUUCUAGGAUGUGCUGGAUGUAUCUAUACUUUAUCAGUAUUAUCUACAACUCCUUCGUGAUCCUUCAAUAAAAUUAAUGAAUAGAUUUGAAAA